AUGGGUAAUCUUUCCAUGUGUGGUAACUGUCAUUUGAAGCUUGAACAUACAAAAAAGAGCUGUACAUUUAGUCCGUGCAAAUCUGCAUUUUCGUGCGGUCAGUUGUCAAAACAUGCGACUGCAAAGGCUCAAAGAGUAUCGAUUGACAAGGAUAUUGGCCGCUUGCGAGUCAAACUAACUAAAGCUCAGAAAGAUGUGGAGGAUGCAGGUUGCGCUGCUGAAAGACUUAGCAACUCUGCUUCGAAACGGAUUGAAGAUGUCGUUAUUACUGAGAUGCCAGACAGGUACGUUACUAAUGGCCUACGAAACUGGCCCCUUUUAAGUAGAGAUGUUGCAACUCUCCAAAAACGUCUUAAUGGGAAGCUUCCUUCACGGGAGAACGUUCAAAAACUUCUUAAAGACGUUGUUGACGUUACAGCAUCUAAACCCAGAAGAGGAAAAGUUUAUCAACAGUCUAGCUGCACAAUCACCAAUGCUAAUUCACCUUCGAUCUUUCCAAAUGAGACUGACCACCGGAUGAGCGCACAAAAGUGUUUGUUAUCUGACGACUACGCCAUAGCCUUUCCGAAGAAAAGAGCAUUACCUGCAGCAUCUUCAAUUGUUUGUGACGAGGUUUGUGAUAGCUCAUCGAUGAGCGACUUUAAACUCGCAUUGAAACUCCAACAGGAGGAAAUGGAGUCCCCGCAAAAAAAUAUGACAGUGUCAACUACACGGAUACAGUUUUCCACUGAUCCUAAUGCUAUGGACAAAGAAAUAUUCGUCUCUGAUGACUCUGACCCAUUAAUUUCCUUCACACCAGCAUCUGAACGAUAUAACGAAGAUAAUAUCGAAUGGACCAUUUGCAUUAUAGACUAAAUUUUGAUCUAGACAAAAAUUUCAUCGCAGCUUGAAAGAGCAUCACAAAGUUAGUAAUAUUCCAAAGUUUUGCGAAAUGUUGUAAAAUGCGGAUAAUAUAGCCUUGCGAAGUUUGCCGUUUUUCGGUCAUUUUGUAUUACAAACGGGAAAUUGACUGCCCAAUCGGGUGUUGGGGCAUCAAUUUCCUGUUUGUAAUACAAAAUGACUGAAAAUUGCAAAUUUCGCAAGGCUAUAUUAUCCGCAUUUUACAACAUUUCGCAACGAAACUUUGGAAUAUUACUAAUUUUGUGAUGCUCUUUCAAGCUGUGAUGAAAUUUUUAUCUAGAUCAAAAUUUAGUCUAUAAUGCAAAUGGUCCAUUGGAAGCUGAUGCAGCUGCCGCUUUGCUGCAGUUGAAACGCGUCACGAGCCACGAAGUUGACAUACAGUUUAUAAUAUAGGUAUAAAAAAAAAGUCUUUUAAGAGACACAUAGCCGGCUACUAUCUGACAUUCUAACGAUAGUCUAUAAAGUAUGUACAUAACUUUAUAUUACAUAAUUGUUUUAAUUCGGUUUGGUACAGAACGUUCUUGCCAGGCAGUAUUUUCAAAGUUGCAUGAUGAACUGAAAAAUAUAAUUCAUAUAGUUGACUUACAAUUGGAAGCCAUUUAAGUGCAAGUGACUAAAAGUGUUUACUAGUAUACGAUAUGUUUGGGAAAGCUAUACAAUACUAUAGUUUAUCAAAUCUGACACUGCAAUACAUGGCGAAACAUUAGCCGAUCCAAUACUAUACGAUACUAGUAAACUACUGUUUUAUAUCAAUAUUUGAUAUGUUAAUGUUUAUAGUGUUAGUGAGUUGUUUAUUUUAAUAUUGUUAAACAAAACCAGUAAUGUAGCAAUGCCAAUGUGAGUCUGUCUAUGUUUAUGACUAUGUGUACAAUAUAUACAGGGUGUAUAAAAAACGGAGUUCUCCUAAAAAAGCUUCAAAAUACACCGUAAUUAUAAAAUUAUUUUAGUCCUAUCUUGAAGCUUAUUCUAGGUCUAGAGGACUUCGUUUUUUCUGAUACACCAUGCAUGUUACAGCAUUUAUAUACUAUACUAUGUACUAUACUUCAACAUGCAUGAAGCUUUAUAUUAUAUGGCCUAUGGCUAUGGGUCUAAAUAGCCAGUAAUCUGAUAAAAAGCUUGCAUGUCCCCUGGUGAUAUGAAAUUAGCAGCCAUAUAUACUGCUUCUUUCAAGUUCGUGUUCGUAAGUUCCCGAAACUGGUAUUUUAGUAAACAUUUUUACUUGCCAAAGACAUAUUCGGCAGGAUUAAAAUCUGGGCUAUAAGCUGGCAUAUAAACUAACUCAAUGUUUAAAUCAUUUAGAAAAUCUUGUAGGAUGCAUCCUCCUUCGUUAUGAUGUACAUGUCUCCUACUUCUAGACAAGGUCGACCUGUUGCAGGGUUCACCGAGGUAUACGCUUCCUCAAAAAACCUGAGAAACUCUAAUGUGUUUGAUGGACCAUCGAUGAUAUUCAUGUAUGUUACACCAGUGAGAGAACACAAGAGAUUAACAGUUGUAUUUGUUGUUUCACAGUAUCUAUGUAUUUCAACUGCUCUUUCUCCUACUGGAGCGUGCCCGUAAAAUCUUUUGCUGUUAGCCGGCAACUUUACACCGCAUUCGUCAAAAUAUUUUAAAGUGUAUGGAUCCUUUGUGUACAAAUAGUCGACAAACAUCUGCGUAUAUGCCAUGUUUUGGAUGGUAAAUCGUUCCUGAGCUACAUGCGUCAUUUUUUUAUAACUAAAAUUAUCACCACUCGGCAUUCUAUGUCGAACAGCAUUGCUAAGGGCUGUUUUUGAUGUACCUCUGCACGGAAGAUCGCCUACUUCAAACAAAAUAUCUUCUAAUUCAGAAUAUGAUAUUGAAGGCCUCUGCCUUUUUAUCACCUCGAUUAAGUGCAGAUCUCCAUUGGACAGACCACUUUUGUUUCCCCCGCCGUGUUUAAGUGGACUUAAAGAGUUUGUUUCGUAAAACUGUUUCCAUAUCUUAGAAACUACCGCAGAAGACAACUUCAACUCGUUUGUGAUAUCGACAUAUCGUCCGGGAAAAUAGCCGGUUACCUUAUUUCCACCUCUGUGGAUGAUUUUAUCAAUAAUAGUCGAUCUUACAUCUAAUGACAAAUCUUUUCCUGGCUGAUAUGAGCGACCUCUUCUGCUCAACUUCAACAUAUUUUAAACUUAGCGCUUAAAUUCAAAAACUAUACAUGUAACAAAAUAUACACAGCGGAAGUGACAACACCUAAUUGCGUACCUAGAAACGCAUGUUGGAAUGCCUACAACGAACGGUACAAACACUUCCGUUAAACGCUCAACCAGAAUCGGCUGUAUUUGUCUUGACAAGGGUCACAUAGCUAGAAAUUGUACAUCUUCCUAUGUUUGCCGGAGAUGUAAGGGUGGUAAACACCAUAUCUCUAUUUGCACUUCUGCUUCACAUAGACCUCCCACAGAUGCCCAAGAUAAUACUGAUAAGGAAAAUAAAAGAGAGGACUUUGUAGGCCACACUGGUUGUGAUAAGAAUGGGAUAUUAUUGCAAACAGCCAGAGCAGAUAUACGCCCCAUGGACGAGUCUGAGCAAGUUAGUUCUAGAAUACUAUUUGACAGUGGUAGUCAGCGGACAUAUAUAUCGGAAAAGGUUCGAAAUAGACUUAGGUUGAAGGCAUUAAGAUCAGAGAAAGUGAUAAUUAAGACUUUUGGUCAGAGUGAGGUUCAAAGAUUGGAUGUAGUUCAAUUGAAGAUUAAGAGUAAAUGUGAUGUGUUUAUGUGUAUUGAAGCAUUAUGUGUUCCCACUAUAUGUAGCCCACUAACAAAUCAAAAUCUGUCUAGUGUACAAGGAUUGUCUGAGUUCAGAGGGUUGCAAUUUGCAGACUUUGAACAUCAAGAUUCCACAAAUUUACCAGUAGGCAUCUUAAUUGGUAUUGAUUACUAUCAUAUAUUCAUGACUGGUGAAGUAAUUAGAAGUAAGGACGGUCCUGUAGCUAGUUGUACGAAAGUAGGCUGGGUAAUGAGUGGUCGUUUAGGUUCAGCUUUGUCUGAUAUGCACUGUUUAGAGACAUAUUUGCUAUGAACUACAGUGGAUGAGGGUAAUGAUUUACGACAAGAGUUACAAAAAUUUUGGGAUGUUGAGAAUGUAGGACCUUCCACAGAUUGUGUUACUAGUAAAUUUAAAGAAAAUAUAAUGCACAACGGUACUCGUUAUAUAGUUAAGUUACCCUUUAAGCCUGAUCAUGAAUUGCUUCCUGUUAACUAUAACGUGUGUGAAGGGCGACUGAAAUCCUUAACAAAUCGCUUGGCAUCAAAGGGUAUCUACAAUGAUUAUAAUUCAAUUUUUAAAAAUUAUGAAGAGGAAGGUAUAAUCGAGCGGGUCCCAGUAGAAGAAAUUGCCAAGGGAGCAGGUGCAACUCACUAUCUUCGUCAUAGACCUGUUGUUCGUGAGGAUAAGCAAACAACAAAAAUAAGAGCUAUGUUUGACGCUUCUUGCAAGGUCGAUGGACCUUCCCUGAAUGAGUGCCUGUAUGCCGGUCCUAACCUCAUUGCAAAGAUAUUUGAUAUACUUGUUAGGUUUAGAUGCAAUAAAAUAGGGUUGCUUACAGAUAUAAAGCAAGCAUUUCUGAAUGUUCAAAUAGAUAAGAAACACAGGGAUUAUCUUCGAUUUUUAUGGUAUGAUUCAAAUUCGGAGCAAAGCCAGACAGUAGUUUAUAGAUUUCUGAGGGUUGUAUUUGGGGUUACUAGCAGCCCGUUUUUGUUAAAUGGUACUAUUAGACAUCAUCUUAAUAAAUAUGUAGACAGAGAACGCAAUUGUAGAUCAGUUGAGAGAUGACUUUUAUGUAGAUGAUUUGGUUAGUGGUUGUCAGGUAGUGAGUGAAGGUAAAGAAAUUUAUGAUAAGAGUAAGUCUAUCAUGCAAGAUGCCGGUUUCGAUCUAAGGAAAUGGGUUACAAAUGAUCCAUAAUUGAUGAAUUACAUUUUGUCUAAGGAGGUAGAUAAGGAAAGUGUGCCAGGAUAGGCAGAUGAUAUGAAAUACUUUGAGGUUACGUCUACUAAUAUAGAUACCAACACUAAAACAGUUUUGGGCUUGUCAUGGGACACAACUUCUGAUGAGUUUGUUUUUCGUUUUGACAACUUGUUGAGUAAAUGUUGUAGCAUGACACUAACUAAAAGAAAUAUUUUAAGUGUGUCGGCCUCCAUUUUUGAUCCUCUAGGCAUGCUUUCUCCGGUCACUGCAAAGAUUAAAUCAUUGUUUCAACUCCUUUGUAAGGACAAGUUGGAUUGGGAUGACGUAAUCCCAAAGGAACUUGAAGAAAUUUGGGGAAAAAUCAUAGGUGAUUUAAAGUUACUUAAGGAAGUUAGGUGCGAUCGGUUUGUUUGUAUUAGUAAUUUUCAUGCCGGUGUUCGUGUUGAGCUGCAUGGUUUUAGUGACAGCUCCAAGGAAGUUUAUUCUGCAGUUGUUUAUCUUCAGCUCAUUUAUGCCGGUGCUGUUAAAGUCAGUUUCUUAGCUUCUAAAACUAAGGUCGCUCCUUUAACUCUUUCUCAGCUGGGUCCAUUACGCGUAGAACGUGCACGUUCUACGGAUGUAAUUCGUUCAUAUCUUUGGUUCAGUGCAUGCUAUGUAGAUGAAAAUACCACCAUUCGAUUCAGUAUAAAAAUAUACACUAAUUUAUAACGAUAGUUUUAGUCAGUGGCUAAAUUGUAGCGAUUUAUGAGCUUUGAAAGUCAAGCGAGCUUGGUAUUUGAUCAAAUUACACAAUAUUACUAACAAAUUAUAAACAUAGACAUACCUUUCGCCGAACAUAACUUCGGCCCCUUUAGACGUAUGCUCAUUCUGGUAGUCUUGAUGAAUGAAGCAGUUAAAAAUAACAUGUAUACUGUUAUCUUUAAAAUGUGAGUUUUCUUGCCGAAUUUUGCAUUUCUGCCCCGAAUUUGCGUUAAUCCCAACCGGAAAUACGACGAAAAACCGUCAAAACAAUGCGAAGUUUGUAUCGCGUGACUCUGGAAAUGCCAGAAAUGGAUUCUACAGGUCAAAGUGCACCUAUACGCGUGAGUUUGACGUCAUCCCGGCUAAAGGGAGCUCCUUAUUGGCCAAGUAUUACGUAAUACAAGCGCGUGCGAGUAAAACCCGAUACCUUGAAAAAUUCAAAAUAAAUAUUUCUACUCGCCGUAUUCAUACGAAACUUUCUACACGAAAGCGCUUGAAUACAAAGAGUAUUUUACACAUAUAUCCUUUCAGAAAAUGUCGCCAAAGUUUAGAAUCUAUUCAACUUUUUAGUGUGAAGUUUCACUUCACACUGUUGUGAUGGCCGGCGAAUUCACACGAAUCAGGGAGUAAACUUUCCGGGGGGUGUAUACGAUUUAUGUUCGUAGUGAUUUAUUGUACUUAGUCAGUACUUUGAAGGUUAUUUAGGCAAUUUCAGUUAUAAUAAUUUACAUAUUCUGUUAUCCUUUUGCCAAGUUCACAAAAAUUUCGAGGAAUCGCUUUUGUUAUUGUAAUUUUUUGCAAAUUUAGAACAUUCGCUUCUCAUGUUGUGUAAAGGAUCUUUACCCCGGAACACCCGAUUUUUUCCUUAGUAGCGCAAAUGCGCAUGCGCUAUCAAGCCGUAGAUCACGAUGGCGUGACGAUAUGCUAGGAAGGGGGUGACAGUGUUGUUUUCAGAUGUAUAAAGAUUUCAGACGUGAAUAUUGAGUAAAUCUUUGAAAAUCUAUGCAAUAUAUAAAUUGAUCUUAUGCAUUACGGGCGUUCAAUUAAGUGCCGAUAAUAUUUAGACGGUAUAUUCAUUAUACAGAGCUAGGAAGGAGCUAGACCGCCUAGACAGUGCAGUCAAGUGUGUAAACAUUUCAGACGUAAAUAUUGAGUCGAAUAUCUUGAUUCUAGGCAUUCAUUUGAGUGCCGAUAUUAUUUUCACGGUAUUCUCAUUAUACAGAGGUACAGUACGUAGGCAGAAACGAGACAGUGUUGUUUUCAAGUAUAUAAAGAUUUCAGACGUGAAUAUUGAGUAAAUCUUUGAAAAUCUACACAAUAUAUAAAUUGAUCGUAUGCAUUACGGGCGUUCAAUUUAAUAAGUGCCGAUAAUAUUUAGACGGUAUAUUCAUUAUACAGAGCUAGGAAGGAGCUAGACCGCCUAGACAGUGCAGUUAAGUGUAUAAACAUUUCAGACGUAAAUAUUGAGUCGAAAAUCUUGCUUCUAGGCAUUCAAUUGAGUGCCGAUAUUAUUUUUUCACGGUAUACUCAUUAUACAGAGGUACAGUACGUGCAGGCAGAAGCGAGACAGUGUUGUUUUCAAGUAUAUAAACAUUUCAGACAUGAAUAUUGAGAAAAUCUUUGAGAUUCUACGCAAUAAUAGUAAUACAAUAUAUAAAUUGAUGUUAUGCAUUACCGUCGAUAUUAUUUAGACCGUGUAUUCAUUAUACAUUCUCAUUCACUGUAUAAGGUGCUACAUCACAGAAUAGAUGGCUAUACUUAGUACAAAGAGCGAAACAUUGCAUCAGAUUUGUAUCAGAUCAAUAAAGCAUAAACAACUAUUAAACAGAAGCGGGUAAACGUUUGUACGGCGUUUAGAAAGAAAAAAACUUACGAGACUAAAGGAAUCAGUUGAGUCAGAGCUCCUUGUAUAAAUAAGAAAGGUGAGGAGAUAGCCAACGUGUUUAGGUGUUAUCGCCAACGUAUUAUCGCUUAAUUGGCUCGCCAACAAGCUUUAUGCAAUAGAAGAAAAAAGCAAGGAGGUACUGUACAUGUAGCCAACGUGUACAUUCACAGACCGUGUCUUUGUUUACUGUCUAGUGUCUAGCACAACGCCGUUGCCAACGGUGCAAACUCGUAUUCAGUGCAACGAUAACUCUACCAGUGAUCUUACGAGAAUCAAUCUGUAGUAUUCUGUACACAGAACUGUAUCAAAGCUUGUCAAAAAUGUUUUAAACACUGCUAUAACUGUGAAACUAUUGAAAUCUAAAGUGAUAUUUAUAUUCAACACAUCCGAAAAGCUGAAAAUAGACACACGUCACACUGGGAAAAGUCAAAGGUCAAUGAAACUUGUUAUUGUGAAACAUGUCACAAUUAAGUUAAAAUGCGGAAGCGGAUGGAGCGGAUCCACGGAACGGAUAUGCGGAUAAAAUACGGAACAGAUGAUGAUAAAAUGCGUCUUUUAAUGAUGUAACGACGUAGUGCUUAUUAUUCAUAACAUAUCUUAUACAGCUAUUUCAAUUAUAGUUUAUUAGAUAAAUUUAGCAUAGCAGUAGCCUCGUGGGGAUGCUUUCAGCGACAGCUGCAAAUGCAAAUGAAAAUUUAGAAUAUGCAAAAAUUGGUUGUUGGUGACACAAUAAAUAGAUGAAUUGCAUCAGUUUCACAAGGCACGUUUCUGAUGUGUUAGGCUUGUUUCAAACGUCACGCUACUCGUGUGCCGAGCGUAUUAAAAGCAAUAAAUAAUGAGAUGAAAUGCCUUUGGUAACUGUUUAUUUCGUAGUGUAAGCCAUCAAGCUUUUCUAGGUUGUCGGCGACCCUAUAUAGUUCUUGCAGUGUCUUUUUAAAUUUGAAACUUCACACUAUCCUUGGAUCCCUAGUUCUCUUUUUCUCGUUUGAAUGUUUGGCGAAGCGGUGAGUAUAAAUAUAUGAUUGUUUCGGUUUGUGUAAUGUUUUGACGGCACUUGACCCCCCCUUUGAAAGGUUAUAUUGUGAGGAUUUAUUUAAAAGGGGGGUAAAUACUCGCAGAGAUAUUUAUAUUAGAAAAAUUGAAUCGAAAUGUAAUACGAAACUACCGGCUGAGAAAGAGUUAAAAGCCUUAACUAUACCAAAAUCGGAACUCUUAGGUUGUUUGUUGCUUAGUAAGUUGGUUAGCCAAAUAGUCACAAGCAUAGGAAGUCGAGUUGGUAUUAAUGCUAUUAUUUGUUGGUCUGAUUUGGAGGUUGCUCUAGCCUGGAUUAGGGGUAAGGAAAAAUCUUGGAAACCAUGGGUUGAGAAUAGAGUGGUUGAAAUACGGAAGGUGGUUGAUAGGGCUGGUUGGAGGAUAUGUAAAGAGUGGGCUAAAUCCUGCGGAUGUGCCUACUAGGAUUUCUUCCAAUAUUUGUGAGUCUUUUACUGGUUGUUGGUUUGAGAGACCAUCGUUUCUUUUGUCACUAAAGGAUUAUGCUGAGGUAGAAGUUGAGAAUAGUGGUGGGGGCGAGAUUUCCCAGGCGGGAAUGGCUGAAGUGGCAAACUUCAGUAAUCAGACGCACAAGGGCCAAGAUAACCAAAAAGGUUCAUUAAGUUCUGUCAUUAACAGUGAUCGCUUCAGCUCACUAAAAAAGCUUAUUCUGGUAACGGGUUACGUAUUACGAUUUGUGAACAAUUUACGAAAGAGAGUGAAAAGAGAAACAAAUUUGAUCACGGAGGAUAUGAUAACUGUCACUGAAUAUAACGAAGCUCUAAUUAUGUGGAUUAAAGAUGAACAGUUCCAGUUAAGCAACAAGAUAAUUACUCAAAGCUCGAAGCAUCAUUACAUUUAUUUGAAGACAAGGACGGCGUUCUUCGAUUACAAGGUCGAUUCGCCAAUGCAUCGUUACAAUAUGAAGAACAGUACCAGAUUAUUUUACAGAAUAGACAAAGCUAUUUUAUUUGGGUGGUGA